UCUCAAAGUUGUCGAAGAACCAGCGAUGAACGCCGACGGAGAAGCCAUGGCGACGACGAGGAGGACAAGCGAGGAAAUCGACAGAGAAGCAGAGGAGAAUCGCAAAGAAGCUUUAUUAGCCUCUACACUAUCUCUUCAACCCAAUUUUAAUCGUUCCAACGUCAGUCAGAAACAAAUUUCGAAAUUACAGGAGCUACACAAGAGACGUAUGCAAAUAAAAGCCAAUACAAAGAUUCAUAAGAAACCUAAAGCGAGCAAGAAUUCUCAGAUCAAAGAUGGGGAAAGCUCUAACAAGUUGAAAGAAUCAACUUCCUUUUCUUCUACCUUAGAAGAACAGAAUCAUAGUAAGACACUAGGCACAACACCAAAGAAGCCACAAAAACUGUUUUGGGGGCUAGAUACUAGGGAAAGGUGGGAAAGGAAAGCCAACAUGUAGUGGUCAUGAAACGAUUUCUCGUUAUUGAUAACUUCGUCCAUUGUACAAUUUACCCAAGAGUAGUAGAUUAGAAAACGACUCACAAGCUAAAUGAUGAAACAAAGUUGUUUUUAUUUUGCUGA